AUGGCCCCAUCUUCAUACUGUUCUGUCUUUCAGAGGACUGGAGGACUAUUUGGGCAGGAAGACAGUUUUCAUGCUGGACCUGUCAGCCCUCUGCAAACAACAAUUACCAGCCAAACACGACCCUUAAGAUUUUCGGAAGCUGGGAGUGAAGACUUGGAUUCUCCUGUAUUCUACCAGAACCUGGUAUUUUUCCCUCCACCAAGAAGGAACCGUAACACAAACAACAGCACGAUUUCAAGGGGGUUAGACCAGAGGCGCACAACUCCAGAUUUUGAAAGAGUACAACAAAUUGAAGAACAGUGGGAUACCAACAGUACCAUAAGCCAGACAACAAACUGA